AUGAUGGAUUUGCUGGAUCAGAAUUCGCACGAGCGGAAUAGCGAUAUUGAUAAUCUCAUUAUUGCAGCGGCUGCUGCUUCAGGGGACGAGCCCAUGGAUACUGAUAUGACUGUUGAGGGAUGCGUCAACUAUGAAGGAGGCGAGGCGAAUUCUCGUACUGGUCAGGGAUAUUGGCAUCCUGGCUUUCUGCAAUCUGAACACGUUGUUGCUAUUCAAGAAGCUGCACGUAACGUUCUGAUUGAACACGAUCGUCAUUUCCUACCCGAUCCAUACAGUAAAAAGUUUGGUACUGAGUUAGACUACCAAGAAAUGAUGGAUCUCAUGGACUUUAAAGGAGAAGAAGACGAAACAGUUGAUCACAUAGAAGCCAUGCGAAAACACUCCAUGGUUUUCGAGGCUACCGGAGCUCAUUCGCAAGCUCUUCCACUUUAUGAGCAAGCAGUUAACGAGGCGGCCUAUCAAAUCUCUGCUGUACAACCUGCAGCCAUUUUCCACAAGCGAGACCUCGCAAUGUUGGCAAAGAUAGCUGUUCGUAUGACUGGCUUUGAGUUUCCAGUUUCACGUGCUGCUAAUUACACUCCAAUGGAGGACUACGUCACCGUGUCAUCUUCGGCAACUGUUUUGGAAACUGAGGAGAACUCUCAGUCUCUUAGGCCUUCGACAGCAGCCCCUGCUAGCGCCUCCAUGCUUCUUCAAAAAUCUGGUCUGCUUGCGCCACGACGUGACGCUUUGAAACCAGAGUUAACGGCUCAGGAGUACGCAAUAAUAGCUCGUGCCGCACAGGAGCUUGCACCAGAAUUACCCAACUUAGCACUGAAAAGCCGAGAUCAGUGCAGUUUAGUUGAGAACUUUGUUUACACCGAUGCAGUUCGCUUGAUGAAUAUUAGCCCUGAGAGACUUGAUGAAGAGAUGGAGUAUAUUCGUGAUGUAAGUGCCAUCUACGGCCGAUAUCAAAGUGGCCCUCGAAUGCCUUCUCCGCGCUUAUCACCCUAUGAGAUGGGCAUGAAUGAAGCGGCUGCAUGCGUUGCUAAACUGCGGCCCAGUUUGCUUACUCAUACUCUUCAUUUGACCGAAUGGGCCAGGCGAGUGCUCACAUUGUCGGGUCUUCAGUUGUCUAGGAUUCCUGCCCCGUCUUCACCCUCGCAUCAUCAAUCGGGUCAUGGUGAUCGGUGGUCUCAACGUGGUGGCGCAAGCAAAAAUUCCUCAGGUCAGAUGCGAAUUCAUAGCAGUGAGUCGGCGUUUGGUGGAACUACUGGUUGCAGCCUCACGUACUCCAAUGAAUACUUGAGUGAUUUUGGUGGUGGAGGUGGUAGUGGUUUCAGCAUUACUACAGCAAAUGACACCAAUAGUGGCGACGUUAUUGACUACGAGUCUUCCUGUGGUCUUGACAGUAGUGAACUCAUUCAGCCCCUAGGAGGUGCGCAAGCUAUUGCCUUGCUCUCCGACUUCAAUUUAGAGAAACUCGGUCGCGCUCAGUUCACUGUCGUUGAUCCGCGUACAGACGCUGAGUUUGAAAACUGUCCUCUUGAAUUGAUUGCCGAGGAAGAUGAUACACCACUUGAUAUGGCCGAAAUUCUCCGUCUGUCUGGUUCAGAUAGCCUAGAGGAUGUGACUGAACUUUUAGUUCCCUGCAGCGGCUACACGAGUGUCAAUGCCUUUGAUCUAACUCGUUGCACGAAUCUAAAGGAACUGGAUCUGAGCGAGAAUGCUCUUCGAGUCUUUCCUAGACGUUUGCAUCUCGCGAACUUGAAGAAACUAGGUUUGUCGGGCAAUCGAUUUAUUCAUCUACCACUGAUUGAACAAUUUCCGAAAUUGACGCGCUUGACUAUCGAUGAGAGGCUGAAACAGCUUCUAAAUCCUCAAAUGCUGGCGUACUUCUGUCCAAAAUUGAAAAUAAUCAAUGGUCAGUUCUUCGACGAGAUCUGUUCAGAUUUUACGAUUCGAGUAAUUCAAGAGGCGAGGGCUAUCAUGGAACCAUAUAUCCGCUCGAAGUGGGAGAAUGAGUUUGCAGACCGCUUGCAGCCCAUUAGCACUCCAGAAGAGCGUCUUCGAUCCAUCGAAACCAUGAUUCAGCAGUUGAAGGAUAACUUUAUGCUCGAUGAUGCGGUGGUACCGUAUAAAAAUUUGCUUGCAUAUCGCAUAGUGGACGAGUAUCUGCGAUCGAAGCAGCAGCAACAAUUACCGGAUUUGGAGAUGGCAGCAGUGGGGCCGGACUCAGCCGCUCAACAGGAUCGAGAGAAACGCACGAACGAGUUGGCUGAGACCCUUGAGGCAGAAGUGCCUAUGCCAGGUGUGGUGGAUGACGAUGAAGAGCCGACUGCCAUGCUAUCAACUUCCACCAAUGCCGAUGUAGGCUCUGGCAGUGAACCGCAGCCCACUGCUGUUGCAGAUUUGGGAGAGGCAAUUGUGGUCGAUGAUGGUGAAGAUGAGUCUCUUCAUCCCGUCACACACUAUGAAGGUGACGAGGAAGACGAGGAGGAAAGGGAAGCUGAAGCCCGAACUGCUGGCGAGAGAGCCCUCUUUGACGCCGCGGACGAAUUGUUGGGGGUAAAUUUUCCCGACCCUCUGCUUCUUCAACAACAGCAACAAAGUCAACCUGUGCAGAUGAUGGUGUUAGACAGUAUGGGUCGCCUAACCCAACAGCAGGUGAUUCCCGUGACAUCGCACGGUCAGAUGCAGAUGGGCGCAGUGCAGAAUCAGCCACCAUAUCAAAUGCAUCUGGGCAAGUCACUACGUGCGGGUCGAUCAAUUGUCAUGACAGUAGUUCGCCCCAGCGGAAUUUCAGGUCGUCCGGUGGCCGAGUUCCUCCCUGGCGAGUUGCGCAACAAGGACUAUGUGAAGGGCUACAUGGCCUCAGAAAUCUACAAAAAGACUGUUAAAGAGACCCUUGGCCAAAAAGCCACGCCAAGAAAGCGCAACGGACCAGGACGACCACGAAAGUCAGAGCCAACUUCUGCGAUCAGAACGACCGGAGCACCAGGGCCUGCAUUAGUACCGUUGAGUGAGAUAAAUCCCAGUGACCUCGGCAGCAUAAAGAAUCCGGUGGUUUCAUCGAUGCACUCCUCCACAGCGCCCAGAAGUGGACAGAACAUAAAGAGGGCAACUGCCGCCGGCGGCGUACUUCUCGAUGAUGCCGGUCUGGGGGGCAAUGCUGCGGGUCUUCCCCCGCGGCCAAAGAAGCGCAAGCCUCUAGGCAUGCAUAGAAGUCUUCGUGACUUGUGUGCGGAGCCAACCUACGGCUUCACACCAAGCUACUUGACACCCUCGGGGACCGUAGGAGGUCUGCGAACGGAUGCCUCGAUGAUUGACUACGAUCCGUUGCACUUCAUCCGGUGUCACGCCAAGGACAACGAUGCGGGGGACAGUGAAACCAAAGUCUGGCGCUGCCUCUUUGAGCCCAAUCCCUUGCGGCCUGAAGAAACCACGCACGUGGUCGCCACAUGUGGCGGCGAAUGCGUCUGCUUGAUCAACUGUGCUACCGGCAAAGUUAUGAAGAGGUUUAAGCACAUGGAAGAGGAGUUCUACACAAUCGCCUGGACCACUGUAGAAGUCGAAGGCAAUAAGCGCACCAACAUCUUGGCAGCAGCCGGUCGCAUGCGCGAGAUUCGAUUGUUGCAUCCAGAACAACUGGUUUGCUAUGCUGAGAUGAAGGGUCAUACAGAAGACAUCACUGCUAUGAUUUUCCAUCAAACACAACCCACCAUACUCUUCAGUGGCGACUCCAAGGCCUCCGUAAUUGUCUGGGACAUCGGAAUCCCCUCAGUCCCUGAUUACAAGACCCGUUAUCAGCUGUUGAUGCGUCUCCGUUGUCCCCGGCUGGACGUUAACCCAGUGUUAAAUCUGGUUUUUCUACCACACUAUGCCUACCUAAUUGCAGGGUGUGAGGACGGUCUCUUCGCAUGGAAGAUCACCGACCUCCGGUUGGAGAAACGCGAGCGUGAGCCUGAUAUGGAACUCAAAUUGGAAGUGGAUCAUGAGGUCUGCAUUGAUGGUUUAGCUCAGUUGAGUGACAAUUCUCUUGUCAUCAAAGUCGUUGAGUCGGGAGAAAUAAUGGUGUUUGACUUCGCUGCUGUGCUCGAGCGGCGAAAAGGUCUUCAGCGGGUUGUACCAAUUGAAAUGCGUGGUCAUUUGUACUGGCAAAAGACCGAUGAAAUUUACAUCAAUGUGUCAGUACGUCAAAAUCUCGGUGCUGUAAUCUGUGGAGACAAUGAGGGUGCUAUAUGGAUCUACGAUCUUGAUCCCUAUCUUGACGACCUUCAUUCAUCCAGCAGGAAGAAGUUCUUUGUCAAACCGAUUAAGAUUCUUGAAUGGCCGGAGUGUUCGGUUCAAGGGAAUCGGGAUGAGGAUCAACAAUUAAAGGAAUCUAUCACCUCUGGUUUUCGCAACCCCGUGGUUAAUAGUGUGGAGAUGAGUUCUGAUGGUCACUUUCUGGCGGCAGUAACAGACAAUAAUCUCGUCUGCAUUUGGCGUUACGCUCCUCCCAUCACGACUUCCGCUCCAGUGGCGCCUUCUCCAGCCCCUGCCACAGCAGACAGUACCGUUGCUACGACAACAGCAGCACCAGCAGCGACUACCGACGAGACGGGUAAUCCCAUCGACACCGUACUUAUCAAUGCUCCUACCGCCAUUACUGGUUCCACCGUAGAAACUAUAAUUCAGUCAGAUCCCCCCACUACUGAGCCCUCUUCUCAACCGCCGCCUUCCUCAAUCUAA